GAAAAGAACUAAUCACAAUAUCUAUCUUUCAAAAUCUAUCUUUCAAAAUAUAUAUCUUUCAAAGAUUCACUAAAAAGACAGUUGGCGGGUCUCUUUGUAUGUCUUGUCCGGAAAGAGGAGGACUUAAUGAUUAUUCGUUCGCCGGAACCAGAAGUAAAAAUUGUUGUGGAUAGGGAUCCUGUAAAAACAUCUUUUGAGGAAUGGGCCAGACCCGGCCAUUUCUCAAGAACACUAGCUAAGGGCCCUGAUACUACCACUUGGAUCUGGAACCUACAUGCUAAUGCUCACGAUUUCGAUAGUCAUACUUGUGAUUUGGAGGAGAUUUCUCGAAAAGUAUUUAGUGCUCAUUUCGGGCAACUUUCCAUUAUCUUUCUUUGGUUGAGUGGCAUGUACUUUCAUGGCGCCCGUUUUUCCAAUUAUGAAGCAUGGCUAAGUGAUCCUACUCACAUUGGACCCAGUGCUCAGGUAGUUUGGCCUAUAGUAGGGCAAGAAAUAUUGAAUGGUGAUGUAGGCGGGGGUUUCCGAGGAAUCCAAAUAACCUCUGGUUUUUUUCAGCUUUGGCGAGCAUCUGGAAUAACUAGUGAAUUACAACUCUAUUGUACUGCAAUUGGUGCAUUGAUUUUUGCAGCGUUAAUGCUUUUUGCUGGUUGGUUCCAUUAUCACAAAGCCGCUCCCAAAUUGGCCUGGUUCCAAGAUGUAGAAUCCAUGUUGAAUCACCACUUAGCGGGAUUAUUAGGACUUGGGU